GCGGGCCGGGCGCCGCGGUGAGGACUGCACCGCGGGGAGUCUACUACCUCUUGCAAAAUUUUCUCCGCGGAUGUUUGGUGGGAGCGAGAGGAAGCUGGCGCGGAGGGCGGGCUAGCUUUGGAGGUUUCGCCGUUGCCGUUUGGAGCUCGCUGAUGUGGUUUAAAGGUCGCUGCUGGAGCACGGGGGGGCUCGUCUUGGGCCGCGGUCGGAUGUAUAAAAUUCACGCCGCGAGCUUUGGAGGCCCUCGUCCGAUGAGCGGGAGGAAGCGCGAGCGGAGAACUCCUCUGGCUGCUCUUUCUCUACUCCAGCUCAAGGGCUGCGAAUGUGAAAACCUACCCAUGAGCUCAGAUUUGCAGCAUUACAGUUUCAGGAUGCCUAACAUCGGGUUCCAGAACCUGCCGCUCAACAUAUAUAUCGUGGUUUUCGGCACGGCCAUCUUCGUCUUCAUCCUCAGUUUACUCUUCUGUUGCUACUUGAUCAGGCUCAGACAUCAAGCCCACAAGGAGCUCUAUGCCUACAAACAGGUCAUCCUGAAGGAAAAAGUGAAAGAGCUCAACCUGCACGAGAUCUGCGCCGUUUGCUUGGAGGAGUUCAAGCCCAAAGACGAGCUGGGGAUCUGUCCGUGCAAACACGCCUUCCACAGAAAGUGCCUCAUCAAGUGGCUGGAGGUGCGCAAAGUGUGCCCGCUCUGCAACAUGCCCGUGCUGCAGCUGGCGCAGCUGCACAGCAAGCAGGACCCGGGGCCGCCGCAGGGCCCGCUGCCCGGCGCCGAGAACCUCGUAUAGCCGGCGCCGCGGCCCGCGCCGGCGCGGAGCCCCGCGCUCCCGGACUCGCAGACAACCAAAGCACUACGGCACCGGCCCGCGGCGGUUCGGCGCUCGGGGCGAGCUCAGAGCACUUUAGGACGGGCCCCUCCGGCCCGCGGCGCAUCUCGGCAGCUCCAGCGCCCGUGAGAUACACGUGUAUAUAUAUAUAUAUACAUAUUUUUUUUUCUCUCCUUUUCCUCCCCUCCAGAAAUACGGAAUUAAGCGAGGCUUUCCUCGAGCGGUGGCCACAGGGUGGGGGGAGCCCCGGGACCGGGAGGCCCCCCCGGAGCCCGCGGCCCCCUCGUCCCGCCGGGAAGCCGCCUGCUCGCUGCUGCUCAGCCCUUCCGCCGUGGCAGCGGCGGCCCCGGGAGCCGCUUCGGGGAGCGGAGGAGCCCGCGGGCUCGCCGGAGCCUCGCGGCUGCCGCAGGCUCGGCCUCGCCUCCGAAAGGGCUCUGCGAGGACCAGCGCGCUCGCCUCAACAAGAAAACAAAACCCGGCUCUUCCCCGCGCGUGCAUCCGCACCGGGGCUCGCAGCCGGCCGCAGAGCCCGGCUCUUGGGGCGCUCCCCGUUUGUAGUGCCAAAAAAAACCCCCCUCCAAAAUAAUAAUAAUAAUAAACCCCCCCCCCCCCCAAGCCCAGCUCCGUGAAGAAGCCAAAAGCCGGGUCCCACCGCCGCUCCCCAGCAUCGCCCGACCCUUUCCCGUUAGCAACGCGCUCUCCCGACUCCCGGCGCGCUGAAAAAAAAGGGUGAUUCAGUGUCACAGCGCGCAGGCUUUUCCGAGCGGCAGAGGAGACUGUUCGUCCUCGGCGAGCGGGGGGCGAGCGGCCCGGAGGCCGGCGCGGCGGCUCGCGGGUGCCCCGGGGUGUUUCCUCUCCCCCCCCCCCUGUAAAUACCGUGCGACUCCCGAGACUGUUUAUGGAGCUUGGAGGAGCCUCAUAGACGUGUUUGUACACUAAGAAUUCUGCAGCAGAAUAUUUUUUAAGAAACGCUGUUUUUGGGGUUUUUUUUUUUUGUAAGCUAUAUUUUUGUAUAUUUAAUUGCUAUUUUAAAAAUUCUAAUGCGUCUUUUUUGCUAAUCACACUCUUCUUAAGGAAAGACGACAAAAAAAAAGAAAGUUUGCAUGUGAAUCGACUUGAAAUGUAAAUAAAAAAAAAAGCAGGUUUUGGAAA